UAACAGAAGCGACAGACUGGCUCAGCGGCCAUUGAAGCAUCUUUAUCUUCAUAAGGACAAGCAGAGAUUUUUUUGUACAUCUGCGGGGUCCUGCGGACUGAAGCCAUGGUCUAUCAUUCUCUCGCCCUGCCGAUGAUCUGCUUCACCACGUUAUGGGCGUUGGUGGGGGUCGUAGCUCCGUUUUUAGUGCCCAAAGGACCCAAUCGGGGUGUGAUUGUCACCAGUCUGAUCCUUACAGCGAUCUGUUGCUACUUGUUUUGGUUGAUAGCCAUUCUGGCCCAGACCAACCCUCUGUUUGGUCCUCAGCUCAAGAAUGAAACUAUAUGGUACCUGCGCUACUUCUGGGAGUAAACGGGGGCCGCGCGACGUGAUGCCUCUCAUCUUUCCUGUCCUCUGGUUUGCUCGCCUUUAGUUUCGGCAUGUCCUCAAACACCCGAGCAGCCUGCAGAAUGAGUGGAUUCAUUUUGUUUUGCCACCCUUGUUUUUUGUAACCUUGAGGAAUCUUAAGAAUAAUAAGAGUUUUUAAAAAAAGCUGAAUUCAUCCUGUGACUCCAGAACAAACCAAGAUGAGGAAAGUGAAGCGUAACCCCCCCCCCCUACCCCCCCCACUUGAAAUGUGCAAUCCUUUAGUUUAGUUUCCGUGUACAUAUUUUCUUUUUGCGUUGCUGCCAUCGUCAGCGAGGAACAUGGAUUUCUGUGUCUAUUUAUUUUGGCUUGCUGACACUGAUGUAAGCCCGGUGUAAUCACCUCAGUGUCCGCGAGGUCCUGUUAUAUAAGUGUUGUUACCCGUGAUGUAAUGGGGUGCGAGUGUGAGCGCGUGUGCGAGCGUGUGAAGAGUUCAUUAAUGUGGGCGCUUGGACCGCGGCCACGAGAAUCUCCUGAAAGCACGUAAAAAAAAAAAAAAAUGAGAAAAAAAAAAAUAAGCAGAGAGCGAUUCCUUCCACUUUGGGGGCACUUCAGCGUGAAACUCCCUCCCACAUUCCCUCGUGCUUCGCACCACGGAGGUCCUCGUUGCCAUGGUGAUCUCAUCGCCCAAUUCAUCCCCUCUUCACUUGACCCCUUUUGAUGAAAUCCUGCCCAAUUCUCGCCUGCCUGUGUACAGAUGUACUGUAGGUUGUACUGUAGGGACGUGUUUUUGGAGCGAAGCUGCAGAUAGAUUGGGUGUUAACAUCUGCUAUUUUUAAAAUGUACCUUCAAACAGCGCUUUCACCGCGUUCCUCAUUUUAACUUUAGCAAAUGAACUCAGACUCUCGGGAGCUUUUAGGAAACAAAGCGAUGAAAAAGUGCGUUAUUAAAAUAAGAUGUGAAGAAACCUGCAGCAUUGUAACCUCUGAUAGGCUGAAUAUGAUUUUUUUAUUUCCUAAUUCAAAGGAGAACAAUGACUGUGCAUGCAUCACUAAUUCUUGUUUGGGGAAAUAAUGACAAGUGCUCUGAAUUUAUUUUAAUAUAAGAAGUCUUAUCAUUGCAGUUAUUGGUUAUUUAUCGUAUUUCAUCUGCAGUCCCUGCCCUUAUAAUCGCACACAGAAAAAAAAGCAUGUACACAAUAAAACACCCCCCAAAAUUAGUUCAUUGCACCUUACCAGCCACUGCCACAAUUACACCUCCCCUCUCCAAACCUCGAGCACCCGUCCUUCCCUCCUCCCUGGAACUCGCCCUUCCCGUCCUCUUCUCUGAAACCGCUUUGCUUCAGCCAAAAAGAAUCCAAAUCAAAAUACAGCUACUUUUUAGAAAGACCAAAUUGUGUUCUGUCUUUCCCCCCCUCCCCUCCCUCCCUUGCCUUUUUCUGUAGUUGUGGUGGUGGUGGUGUGAGUCUAAAAUCGGAUGUGUAACAAUGUGUGCAUUACAGCAGUUUACACAUGCGGAGCCCCGUGUCAGUGGAGUGCAAUUACACUUGAUUACACUCUCAAAGUAGCCUUUGCUCACCAGUAAAGUUUGUUGUAGUUGGUUUUUAGUUUCUCUGCAAGUAAACCAAAAUGUGUAAACAAACAUCACAUGGACUCCCAAGUAGCUCACUUAUUCGACAAAGUUUUGGUGACUUUUAACUGCACGUAAAAGACGGGCGUGCCCACGGCGGCGGCGCGCAUUGGUUCGUGAACACCUGCUUUUGAAGCAGGUCAUCGUCUUUGUUUGUUGAAACUGGACGUGAUGAGCACGGGGCAGAGCUGACUGAGAAACCGAGGAAAACUGCGGCCUCGUAUUUUUCUUUAGUGGCUUUUUUUCUUUACAAAGGACUGUAUUUACAAAAAGACACCAUGUUGGAUUAAAUAAUACUUCAAAUUUUCAAACUGAGACUAGAAACUCCUCAAGAAGGUGUUCGUUAGGGUCACAAGUUAAGGGUCAAAGGAGUCUGUUAGUGUUGGUAAACCAUAGACUGGAAUAUAUAUAAAAGGUCGAUGAAACCACCAUAACGUCACCCACGUGGAUGUGAAGACCAGUGUACAAGCCUCAAACGGAGCAUUUCAACUGUCAGCAGCAUGUGUGACAUCACCCAGUGGUUUUUCAAGUCCCAAUUUGAUGCCUCCAGAUGUCAGUGAUGUUCUUUCCAUUGUAAAACACGAUUCGACACGUUACUGAAUAAACACAUUUUUUAUUCGUGUGACCCGAGAUGAGUGACUGAGCCCAUACACUUUUUUUUAAAUACGCAAAAAAAUAACCCCUAGCCAAUGAAAAGGUGUCCAUGCUGUGCAGCUUAGUCAGCCUUUUCAUCUAUUUCACUCUAAAUUGGACUAUAAUUUGCAAGGUGAACAUGCUGUACUUUUUUAAAAGCUUGAAACUACUAAUUGACACCAUAAACUUACAAGAUGAAAGAAUGCAGGUUCAAGGCAUUUCUACGCUGGCUUUACUUUCAGACCUAAACCGCCUCCAUCUUUUAUAUGCAGUCUUUUGUCAAAACAACCAUGUCUUGUGACUUUGGCACUGUUUUGUCUUUGUGCCAGUUGAAUGUCUCUGGUUUUGUCCUGACAUCUGAAUUCUGUUAGACGUUCUGACCGUACAGUUUUGUUUUGGGUUUGUUUCCUUUGGUUAGGAUUACCAUAGGAAACAAAGCCAUUACAUUACAGUAUCAAUCCCACUCAUCAUAAAACAAACCACAGUUUGCCUGCAGAGUCAGUCCGUCACUGGACACCAAACGUCAUUAUUCUCCCAUAUCCAAGCUAAUCGACCUAAAGGAGGGAAGCGCUGAGACGUCAGAUAACCCGUGUAAAAUGUGCAGAGUAUGAAUGCUCAAGAAAAACAUUCAAAUUUUCAAUUUCUUUUUCUCGUGACUUUUUUUUCUUUUCAUUUUUGAUAACUGGCUACUGUUCAUUUGUUAAAUGUUCCUGGCAGCAUAGACGAGGAUAGAUUUAUUUUUUUUUAAGUGUGUUAAGAGUCACCAUGGUAACAAACAUUCAAUAAAUCACAAAUCGGAUUGUUUAUGGAUUUGAGACCCUGUAUGUAACCUUGUAUUACUGUGAAGUAAAUGCUUGUAUGUGAGUGGCACUGUAUGUGAAAUACUUAAUAAAGAACUAUGUCUCAUAGGA